UGAAGCUGCGGAGAUAAAAUCUGUCGAGGCUGCACCACCAUGGAGACUAAUGCAAACCUGCACCGGGACCCGGACCGGAGCUCCGCGGGCCUCCCGGUGCCCGCAGACCCCGGAGACUCCCCUGGGGGGACCGGACACACCGAGGACCGGAUCACUGGCGGCGGGCUGAAGGGAGCCGCCGAGACCCGAAAGACUCGAGAGACUCGAGAGACUAGAGAGACUAGAGAGGCUCCGCUCAGUAAUAACAGCUCCACUAGUGGUCCGGAUCACCUCAGACCCUCUGCUGGGGGGUCGCACCUCAACCAGGAGGUCCCCCCGGUCCUCCCGCUGCAGGAGGACCAGAAGGAGCCCAGCGGCUCCGGGUCCCGGUCCCGGUCCCGGUCCGGGGAGCAGAUCAGUAACGGGACGGGGCACCAGGACUCGGUGCUGGCUGCAGGAGAUAGAGAGGGAGGGGCCCCAAAGUUAGUAAACAACCAGGACUCAGACCCCCAGCUGGGUCCAGAUCUAAGGGGGGCUCAGGGUCCAGAUGUUCGGGGGACUCAGGGUCCAGAUGUGAGGGGGGCUCAGGGUCCAGAUGUGAGGGGGACUCAGGGUCCAGAUGUGAGGGGGACUCAGGGUCCAGAUGUGAGGGGGACUCAGGGUCCAGAUGUGAGGGGGGCUCAGGGUCCAGAUGUGAGGGGGACUCAGGGUCCAGAUGUUCGGGGGACUCAGGGUCCAGACGUUCGGGGGGCUCAGGGUCCAGGGGGUCCAGAGGGUCCGGCUUCUUGUGGGGAAAGUGAACCCGCAAAAUUCUCCAAACCGACCCGUCUGUGUCCGGACCAUGCAGACGUCAGACCGGGUCAGUCCGGGGAUCGAACCUUAACGGAAGGAGUACCCAGUGGGAGCGACCCGGACCCCAGCCCCGGGGCCCCGGACCCCAGCCCCGGGGCCCCGGACCCCAGCCCCGGGGACCCGGACCCCAGCAGCCCUGGUGGAGAGUCCCGGAGCAUCGACUCACUAGAGUCCUUCUCCAACCUGAACUCCUGCCCCAGCUCAGACCUGAACAGCGAGGGUCUUGAGGACCAGGGGGUUCUGGAGGACCGGGGGGGUCUGGAGGACCCGGGUCUGGCCCUGCAGGGGGAGUACGGACCUGAUGGGACCAAGACUGCUAAAGACCGGGCGGCGGGCCAGUCCAUCUACCACAUCAAGUGGAUGAAGUGGCGGGAGGAGAACACGCCGAUCAUCACGCAGAACGAGAACGGGCCGUGCCCGCUGCUCGCCAUCAUGAACGUUCUGCUGCUCGCCUGGAAGGUGAAGAUGCCUCCUAUGAUGGAGAUCAUCACUGCGGAGCAGCUGAUGGAGUAUCUGGGAGACUACAUCCUGGAGACGAAGCCCAAAGAGAUCUCAGAGGCUCAGCGGCUCAACUACGAGCAGAACAUGAGCGAUGCGAUGGCCGUGCUCCACAAGCUGCAGACGGGUCUGGACGUCAACGUGAAGUUCACGGGGGUCCGAGUGUUCGAGUAUACGCCUGAAUGCAUCGUGUUUGAUCUGCUGGACAUCCCUCUGUACCACGGCUGGCUGGUCGACCCCCAGAUGCAGGACAUGGUGAAGGCUGUAGGGAACUGCAGCUACAACCAGCUGGUGGAGAAGAUCAUCUCCUGCAAACAGUCAGACAGCAGCGAGCUGGCAGGAGAAGGCCUGGUGGCGGAGCAGUUCCUGAGCAGCACGGCGACCCAGCUGACGUACCACGGUCUCUGUGAGCUGACGUCCAGCGUUCAGGAGGGAGAACUCUGUGUUUUCUUCAGGAACAAUCACUUCAGCACCAUGAUCAAAUACAAGGGCCAGCUGUACCUGCUGGUAACUGAUCAGGGUUUCCUGACGGAGGAGAAGGUCGUCUGGGAAAGUCUCCACAACGUCGACGGAGACGGAAACUUCUGUGACUCUGAGUUCCGGCUGCGUCCUCCAUCGGACCCGGAGACGGUCUACCGGGGCCAGCAGGACCAGAUAGACCAGGACUACCUGAUGGCGCUGUCGCUGCAGCAGGAGCAGCAGAGCCAGGAGCUGCAGUGGGAGCAGCUCCCUGAAGGCAUCAGCGACCUGGAGCUGGCCAAGAAGCUGCAGGAGGAGGAGGACCGGCGCGCCUCCCAGUACUACCAGGAGCAGGAGCAGGAGCAGGCGGCCGCAGCAGCAGCAGCAGCAGCUCAGGCUCAGCAGGGCCAGCAGGAGCCGGCCGAGGGAGACGAGGCGGACCGAGGAGGAGGAGGAGGAGCUGCAGCCGGUGCUGGGACGGCGGCGGCGGCCGGAGCCACGCCCAGCCCCGGAAAACAGGCGUCCAGCACGGAGCGCAAAGCCAAGAAAGAGUCGAAGGAUAAAGACAAAUGUGUGAUUUUGUAACAUCCAGCGUGUCUGUGUGAGUGUGAGUGAGUGUUUUGUGCAUUUCGCUGAUCUGUGAGGACGCGGGACAGCGCCGGUCCUCCUCGGACCCAAAACACAAGGGCCGAGACGCCACCGGACGCCACCAGACGCCACCGGACGCCACCAGACGGGCGCCACGAGUCUGACGGAGGGUUUGCUGUUCCCAAACCACUGGUGCCUCCCCCCUCUGUCUCCUCAGUGGAACAGCAGAGACACAACAACGACUACCCGCUUCUUUUACAGGCGCCAAACUUUGUUACAGUCGCACAGUGACUCUGUUUGUCAUGUGAGUUUAUUAGGGUGGAAUAUUUUAUAGCUGAAGAAAUAAUGUCACCCUCUCACCGUUCAUCCAUUCAUUUCUCAUUACUGCAGCUUAUAAGCUUUUUUGUACGUAUCAAUAUUCACACAGACCCACGUUGGUUUUUGUUUCUUAUUAAGUUGAAGCCAAGAUUUAUUUAUGUUUCUGUUAAAGAGGGAGACGCUUUGUGUUGUUUAUGGAAACUGAGAGGGAUUUUCUCAUAUUAUUGCCUGUUGGACAUCAGUGUAACACUACUAGUGUCCCUGGGAAACACUAUGACCCGAAGGGUUAAUUAAUGCCAGAGAGCUGCCAGAUACUGUAGCUACCAACAUCUCAGCUGGUCCUCAGACCUGCCUUACCUCCCCACUACCAUGGGAGUGUGUUUUCAUGCUGACGGUGUGUGUGUGUGUGUUUGUGUGUGUGUGUGUGUGUGUGUGUGUGUGUGUGUGGACAUCUCGUCUCGUUUAGUCACAAAUCUUUUCCGUUGUUUGAGUUCAGCUGCAAAUAUUUUCUUUCAUUCGGGAGACAAACUGAGAAUCACGUUGCAGAUUUUAACAGGAUUUUUUGUCUGAAUCUGAAGUUUUUUAGGAGGAUCAAAGAGUCUCCUGCUGUGUGUGUGUGUGUGUGUGUGUGUGUGUGUGUGUGUGUGUGUGUGUGUGCAGGUACUAUCAUGAUCUCUGUUUGGUUUCAGGUUUUUAAAUCAAACCUGCAGAUUUCAUUAAUUCACAUGUAAAAUUAAUAUUAAUUAAUAUUAAUUAAUAUUCCUCCAAGCCAGGAAAGUUCAGUUAUAAUAUUUUUGUGAACGUUUUAUUCUUUUUCCACAAAUCUGAACCCGACAGAAACACGAGAACCGGACUGGUUUCCUGCUGGUUUCCUGUUUAGUCUAGAGCUGCAACUAACCAUUAUUAUCAUUAUGGAUUAAUCUGUCAAUAAAAUGUAUAAAAAUAUCAAUGAGUGUCUCCAAAACACCAGAUGACGUCCUCAAAUCUCUUGUUUUGUCCACAAACCAAAGAGAUAUUCAGUUUAUUGUCAUAAAGGAACAAAGAAACCAGAAAUAUUCACAUUGAAGAAGCUGAAAUCAGAGAAUUUGGACUUAUUGUCUUUAAAAAAAACUGCUCAAGCCAAUUAUUGGAUUAUCAAAACGUUGAUGAUUAAUUUAAUAAUCGAUUAUUGUUCCACUAAUAGAAUGAUUGUUGCAGCUCUAGUUUAGUGGAUAUUUUCUGUUAUUUGUGAAAGAAUAAUAAUAAUGUGAGUUGACAGACUGUCCUGGGGAUAUUUAGGAGAUUUCCCCUUUUAGUUGCGUUUCGCUGCAGCGUGAACAUGAUGAUGUAAAUAUUAAUGAACCUAAAGCUUCUUAUAAAGGAGAUCUGAUAGAGAUCAGCUGUUGGUGCCGUCCUCGUACCGCCGGACGGCCUCCCGACUCGCUUUUCUAUCGUUACAUUCCAAGUGGAUGCCUUGACUCGAGCCGUGACUCGAGCCGUGACUCGAGCCGUGACUCGAGCCUUGACUCGAGCCUUGACUCGAGCCUUGACUCGAGCCUUGACUUGAGCCGUGACUCGAGCCUUGACCCGAGUAUUGACUCGAGCCUUGACUCGAGCUGUGACUCGAGCCUUGACUCGAGCUGUGACUCGAGGUGUGACUCGAAGCUUGACCCGAGGCGUGACUCGAGGCGUGACUCGAGCCGUGACUCGAGCCGUGACUCGAGCCGUGACUCGAGGCGUGACUCGAGCCGUGACUCGAGGCUUGACCCGAGCCGUGACUCGAGGCGUGACUCGAGCCGUGACUCGAGCCUUGACUCGAGCCUUGACUCGAGGCUCGUGACUCGAGCCGUGACUCAAGGCGUGACUCGAGGCUUGACUCGAGCCGUGACUCGAGCCUUCUGUCCAGACUGAGACAGUUAAAUCGUCUCGUCGUGUUGAGGACAGACUGAUUGAUUGACAGGCAGCAGCGUCCUGCUGUGUGGGGAAAACAUUUUGAUUAUGGGCCCUUACCAGGCUAAGGAGCCUGUUUGGCCCUAACGAGCCUGUUUGGCCCUAACGAGGCUAACGAGCCUGUUUGGCCCUAACGAGGCUGUUUGGCCCUAACGGGGCUAACGAGCCUGUUUGGCCCUAACGAGGCUAACGAGCCUGUUUGGCCCUAACGAGGCUAACGAGCCUGUUUGGCCCUAACGAGGCUGUUUGGCCCUAACGAGGCUAACGAGCCUGUUUGGCCCUAACGAGGCUGUUUGGCCCUAACGAGGCUAACGAGCCUGUUUGGCCCUAACGAGGCUGUUUGGCCCUAACGAGGCUAACGAGCCUGUUUGGCCCUAACGAGGCUAACGAGCCUGUUUUUGUAAAUAUAUAUAGCGCCUUACAACAUUUCAACAUAUUUUAUAGGACAAAAGGAAACCGAAC